CGGCCCAAAAUUUCAAGAUAGCGGCCCAAAUCUUGAUCAACCAACAACCUGUCAUAUUGCGUGUCGUAAAACGCUAAAGCCAGUGGGCGGAAUUUGGCCGCAAUCCUCAUCAAGCCAUCGUACACACAUAUUUGAUCAACAAACUUCAUCUCCAUGCAAGAUGGUUCGCAGGGGGCAUCAAGAAGCCAAGACAGGUAUUCAGUUGCUGAAAUCAUACUUUUCUGAUAAGUAUUUGAGGAAAAUAGGCGUAGGCAGAGAAGACCGUUACUUCUGGAAGCAAGUUGGGAGGGCUUUGCUAUGCACCUACGCGAUAUUUGGUGCUAUUUGGUUGUAUAACGAGACUUCACCGCUGGGUUGGUGGACUCUGAAGCCUAGACCAAAGGAAGAGAAGGAGCUAGCCCAUCUCUACGAGAGGGUGCCGUAUCCGUACCCAGGUGACACAGAAGCAAUGGAGGAGUUUAUAAAAAAGGGUGGCAUGAUUGGCUCUGUUUUUGGACCUAAAGGAAACGUUCUAUCUGAUGGAGGAGAAGUGAGUAACUAUCAAACGCUGUUGCAGGACCAGAAGUUUGAUCAUGAAGUUCAAAAAUUAUGGUUCAGGAUGAGGAAUGAGGUCAUUCAAGAGCUUCAAGAGCAGGGAUAUGAUGUUGAAUGAGUGUUUUUUGAUUCUAUGAUUUGAAUGAAUUCCCUUUGUGUUAGAUUUUAGAGGGCUCAUGAGUUGACAAUUUGGUUUCAAGUUCUAGUUUAUCAUGAACAAUACAGAAGAGAAAUAAAUCUUUGUUGUUGCAGUACAAA